GUGUGAAACGUUUCCGGAAAGCACCGUCAAUGAGCAGCUGGGCUGAAUUCUCCUGUGUGAAUCCUGAAUUAAAUAAAGACGAUUUGAUAACCAGAAGAUCCGGCUUCACCGGUGUGACCACGCCCCUGCACGCUGCUGGCUCCGCCUCCUUUACCUGUAUAGCUGCAGCGCCGGCUCACCUGCCUGCAGAGCAGAGUUCAGACGCUGAAGGUCCCUGAAGCUGCUCCUCACCCUCAUCCUCAUCCUCACGCCAGUGGACGAUGUCCGGGGAAAGACGCUUCGUGUUCAGUGCCCGAGUGAUCGGAGCCGUCCACAGGGACUCACCCAAGCUGAGGGUGUUCAUGAUAUCGGUGUUGUGGUCCGACAAGGCUGAAGUUAUUGUCUACAGGUCCUUCAGCGAUUUCAAGAAACUUCACAAGCAGCUGAAAAAGAGAUUUCAACCCGUGAACACUUUAAAGAAAAACGAAAGAGUGAUCCCCAAAUUUAGAGGCCAGGCCAGGAGGAACAGCCUCCAGCAGAAAGCAUCACAGCGAUGCGUCCAGCGCAUGAAGUUCCUGGAGACCUACUGCCACAAGCUGCUGAAGUGCGACCACGCGGUGACUCAGAGCUACGAGGCGACUCACUUCUUCUUGCCCAACGACCACGACCUGCAGGCCGACUUCACCAAGAACAGCAUCGUGAUGCUGCUGUCUGACGAUGUGCCCGAUGGCGCCGCUGUGAGGCGUCAGCACGCCGCCAGCGUCACUCACCCGUUUGUCAGCCAGACUCACCGCUGCGUGGCUGCUUACGAGACAAAGGACACCAACAACCGGCCCUUUAAGGUGGCUGUGGACCAGGAGCUGGAGGUGCUGAUCAAAGACCCGGCAGGCUGGUGGCUGGUGGAGGACGAGGACAAACACCUGGCCUGGUUUCCUGCUCCCUACCUGGAGUUGUGGGACCAAGAGGGCGGCGGCGAUGAUGAUGAUGGUGACGAUGGUGACGAUGAUGUAUUCCCACUCGCAGGUGCCCUGUACUGUGCCGUGAGGAGUUACUCCACCAAGGAGGAGGACGAGGUGUCCGUGCCCAUUGGCUCCGUGGUGGAAGUGCUGAGGAAGACCGAUGACGGCUGGUGGUUCAUCAGGUUCGAUGGAAAAUCAGGCUACGUCCCUUCCAGGAACCUGAAACCUCACAACCACCCACUGCACCUCCUGCACAGAAAGCUGCACAGUUCCACUCUGAACCUGACGGCCGGCAGCGAUCUUCAGGCUCCUCGGGUUCCUCGGCCACGAGAGUCUCCAGGUCAGUCCAGAGGAGGUCGCCUCCAGAAGGCCCGAUCUCUGGACUUCCUCUCUGAGACGCAGUCGCCCUCGACCUCAGACGGCCGUGGGCGCAGCAUGAGCGCCGAGACCGACUUCCCCUCGAGCUCAUCAAGUCGCCCCGGCGGUCCCGCAGCCUCCCUGCAGCCCGGUGGCGGGGGGAGCGGCAGCCCCAUUAGCGUCCUCUCGGGCCGCCGUGGCUCCAGCACCGGAUCCGACAGCUCCGGGUCUGCGAGCUCCGGCGGAGGUGAGACGCCCUCAGCGGCUCCCGGGGUUCCCCCCAGACCCAAGACCGAGGAGAUCCUGACCCGGUGCAGCACCACGACCCGCAGGGCCGCCAUGGCCUCCAGGAGCCGGCUCUGAUUUAUGAAAAUGUCCUUGUAACACAUUUAACCUGUCGGCCGUGUUUUGUGCAGCACUGUUUAUAUCAUUAUUUACAUGUUUGUCAUGCAAGAGGUGCACGUUACUUUGGCAUGUAGAUAUUUGUUGAAAGUUGACCGUAAUAAAAGAAACGUAGCUUCAGUGAAGCGUCAGAAGGAACAAUGAAAUGUACACAACAUUUUUAUGCACAAGUGCACAAAUUGUCUGUAUAUCUUCUUCAGCUUUGAGUUGAAUAGAGACUGUUGGUUGAUUAUUUACUCUAAAUUCUCACAUGUUCACAUCAGCACAGAAACACGAAGCUUCCAAAUGAAGCCGCUGAAUGUGACGGUGACAGUUUCCUGUUAUAACAUGUUGCUAGUUUUGUUGCUUAUUGUAUUAAUAUUAAUAUUUAUAAUAUUGUCCUUUCAUGUACAGUAUGUUCUGCAUUAUUUAUGUGUAAACUUAUAAACAUGACAAUAAAGUCGGAUUUAAACUAAA